AUGGCGAUAGCCUGGCUAUUGCCCAGAUUCAUUCAAUGUCAGACACAGGACCAAGUUGAGGCACUUUACAACAAUUUGCUGAACGGUCAAAACAAGAACAUGCGUCCAGCUGUAAACCACGCCUAUCCAACAGACGUAAACGUCUCGUUUGAACUUUUCCAAAUAUUAGACGUGGACGAGGUAAUGGGUAAACUAACAAUAUCAGGUCUAUUAAAAAUGGAGUGGUAUGAUCACCGCAUGAGAUGGAAUCCUAUUGAUUACGGUGGAGUGUUCACCAUAAAUGUGCCAUCAUUCGCGACGUGGAAACCCGAUCUAGUUUUGACGGAGCCUAUCGACAAUGCUUUUGCGUUUGGAUAUAUGCAGAACUGGGUUAAUGUCCGGUACUUAUACGAUGUUCUUUAUCUUAAACGACGGCCAACUUUUGUAAUUGUUAACGUUGUUUUGCCAAUUUUCUUCAUGAGCGUUCUGAACGUGUUGGUAUUUUUUCUACCCGCAUCUUCAGGCGAACGAGUCUCAUUUGCUAUUACAGUUCUACUUGCAAUUGCAUUUUUCAUGACAAUUGUUAACGACACUCUUCCGAAAUCUUCCAAUCCAAUACCAACCAUAUGCUACCUCCUUCUUGGCAGUCUUGUAUUGAGCACUUUUAUCGUGAUGAUGACGAUCUUCAAUCUCAGAAUCUAUCAUCGACCGGCUGAGCAACCUUUAUCCAAAAUGUAUCUAGCCAUAGCUUUCUCUGCUAGGAGAUGCAGACGUAGAUCAUUUCGAUGCCAAAGCAAACGCAUAAAAGCCGAUGCCGUUACAGAAAUCGAUUUGUCAAAAGAAAAUGCAAUAACGAAUAGAAGAGCGUCUGAUGAAGAUGCCAUAAAAUGGUCGAGCGCUCAUAAUAACAAGCGACGAGCUGAUGAUGCGACGGCGAGUGCUUACGAGGAUUACGCUGAUUUAGAGGACGUUAACUGGAAGACAGUCAGUGAGGCUCUGGACUCAAUUGGCAUUGUGAUUUCUACUGUGUGGGUUGUUUCCCUUACAAUAGCCAUUAUUGUCAUGGUCACGGCAUAUUCUUAA